AUCCCUGUUCUCCUAAUUUUCACCUCCACGGGGCAGCUGGAGCUCAUCUCCUCCAGCCGGGGCUCCAGCUGCCCUGGCUUGCCCCAGUAAUGAUUUACUAGCCGUGGGGGGGGUGCCACUCCCCGCCUCCACCCCGCGGACCUUGGAGCCAGGGCCUGGCUACACUGUGGCUUCUCUCCAUCGAAAAUGUUUUCCCUGGGGUCCUGGCUCCCAGCAUUGCCCGGGCUGGCAUGGGGCUGGGCACUGCUGGAUGCACUCCUGCAAGGGCUGGUGAGUGCCUGCGCGGUCUCGGUGCUCUGCAGCCUCCUGAAGGUUUAUCUCUACAUCCAGUGUGUGAAGUAAGCACCAGCCCUUCGUCCCCUCUGGGGAGAAGCAACCCGGAGAGGCAGGCGGAGAAGGAGGCGAUUGCGGCGCGGCGGCCCUUGCUGGAGCCGCUGCACGUGCUGGUGCUGACCGGUGUCCUGGCCCUGGUGGGCUCCCGUGUGGCCGCGCUGGUGGUGCUGGAGUUCUCCCUGCGUGCCGUCUCCACCAUCCUCUCUCUCAGCAAGGGUGCCCACAGCAGCCAGCUCUACCUGCUGUGCCAGUACUCGCUGGGCUGCGGCGUGUCCUGCGGCCUCAGCUUCCUGCUGGAGGGGGCUCCGCACCGCAGCUGGAACCUGGCGCUGGCGGCGGGGCUGGGGGGGCUGCUGGCGCUGCACGCCCAGCGCCUGGCCCGGCACGUCUGCACCCUGUACGGGCUGCACAGCCAGGCGCGCUACUGCGGCGUCUGCAUCCUGCUGCUGGCCGCGGGGCACGGCAUCCCGCGCCUGCUGCGCAACGCCCUGGCCCUCACCUUCGCCGUGGCUGACCUGGCCGCCGUGGAGCUCAUCAACCGCGACUUCCUCUCCACGGGCGAGGCCAUGCGCUUCUGGACCCCGCUGACCAUCUGCUACACCCUGCUGGUCGUCUACAUGCAGGAGGAGUCCCGGCAGAGCUCAGGCAGGGGGUCGGUGUUCCGGACCGUGGUGGUGCGGAUGGGCGGCCUCUUCAUCCUCCUCCUCACCGUGGGCCAAUGGACCGACAUCCUGCACGUCUUCCUGUCACUGCUGGGGGAGCUCUGGUGCCUGCUCCACUCCGGGGUCCUGCUGGAGUCCUGCUGGAGGCAGGAUUCUGCCCAGCAGCCUCGUGUGGAUAGUUCGUCAGGAUCCAGAUCGGAGGAGACGACGUCCCGAUGAGCUGCGAGGUGUAACCUGACAGUAGAAACUCAGGGUGGCUUCGCUGGGCACACCCAGGAUCCCCCAUCACAGAUCCUGCAUGGGGUCUAAGGAAAAAAGGGCUCCUGGAAGGCAUCCAACGCCAUCCCAUGGGAUGGAGGAGGAUGGGAGGAAGACUCAAGUUUCUCCUGGUUUUGGGGGGCACCCUGUGAGUUUGCAGCGCUACUGGGGUUUAUUCUCCGGUCCCAGUGGGACUGCGGGAUGCCGAUGGAUGUCCCAUCCUUGCUGGCUGCUGGGCCACAGUCAGGGGCCUCCAGGGGCUUACAAAGUUUCUCAGAAAAUAAAGUUUUUUC